AUGCCAUUCGCAAUAAAAGAUGUUCUUCAACAUAAACGUAAUGAUCGUCAAAUACGUGAAAUUCAUGAAAAAGAAUACUUAAAAUAUUUAACAAAUCUUCGUCAACAACAACAACAACAAAAUUCAUUUUAUACAAAUCAAUAUUAUUUAUCAUUAAAUCAUCUUAAUGAAAUUGAACGAUCAUACAUACGAAAUGAAUUCGUUAAACAAAAUCAAUAUAAACGAAUACAAAAUGAAAAUAAUUUGUUAUAUGAACGUUUAUUGAAAGCACGAACACGUACAAUGAUUGAUGAUAAAAACCAAACAUAUGAACAAAAUUUAAACACAUUUAUAUCUAAACGUUAUCAACAACGUUUUAAUGGAUAUAAUCGUAUUUUUAAUGAUAAUCAAAUUUUAUUACAACGUAUUAAUAAUGCACGUGGACAUUUAAUAACUAAAGAAGAAUGUGAGAAUGAUUGGAAAAAACAUGUUGAAUUUAUGAAAAAAACUUGUGAUUAUCCAGAAAAUGUUGAUAAAUUUAUUACAAAAAUGAAUAAAAAUGAACAAAAACAAGCAUGUCUUUAUUCAAUAAAGAGAACUACACAGUGGAAUGAUCGACAUUCUAUUAUUGAACCACCCAAACGUUUAACAGUUAUGCCCUUAGCUAUUUUACUUAAUGAAUCUUAA